AUGGGCAUCACACAAGUUUUCCGAAAGACACAAGAGCCUAUGUUGGAUAAGCACAACGAGGCCCAAGCCACCGCAACAUCAGAGCAAGAGGCUGCACGACCUGGAGCAGGAACGAUGAGUCCUGAGCAGUGGCUGUUCUACACUCAGCUCAGUCAGCAUCUCAAUAGCGGCGCAACAAGUCCUGCCAGCACAACUCACUCGGGAGGUUGGGGCUAUGUUGCUCCGGACCAUUCACAAGGUUUAGUGCAGUAUCACGCAAAGCAUUCCAGUUACCGCACAUACGAGAGCACCCAAGCUUUCGAGCGAGAUGACUUGCCACUCGCCGUCGUCAGAACUCAAUUGACAUCCGGUUCCGUCCCAGUCAACACCCCCACAUACAAAUCCGGACCCAAGAUUCGGAGGUCGUCUUCCAGCGCGACCCACAUCUCAAGGUCCAGUAGUAUUGGAACGGUAGUGAGGCAAUCGUCCUACACGCUACCUUCGAUAUCUGAAGUCGUCGACAAUAGUUUCAGCCACUUCAUGAAUAACGUACCCAAAGCACAAUCACUUCUUCCAGCUGCGCCAAUUGUGAGGGCAAAGACUCUCCCGAAGAACAGUAGGACCUCUUCCUUCGGCUUCCAAACUGGAGACUUCAGGAUGCCCGGUGACAAAGGCAAACAACCGAUGGUCGCGGUGCGCUCCGUAGCAUCGCCCCAAGAAGAGAAUGACAUCCACAUGUCCACCCUGGCCCGUCCUACACCUUCACAGCUGGGCAUAGUCAACUACUCCACGCCUCACGCAGCCAACCAAACACCAAACGGUAUAUCGUUCUCAAGACACCUCCCGGUUACUGAACCGACUUUCAACCCUGCUCGCUACACCAAUAGCAGACCUGCUGCUGGAAAUCAGCCAACUACUUGCCUCAUCGACUUUGUUCAAGGAGCUCCAAUUCCACAAGAGUGUCCCAACGAGCCAGAUGUCCUGCAGCAACAAGAUACAGAGUCAUCAAGACUCGCAUCGCGGAACAAGAACCAAUGUAUUCUACUGCGACUCUUGAGGAGAUUGAAACUCUUCAGGGACAGGAUCGAGCCCGAAAGUAAGAGGAGGGAGCGAGUUGCCGAAGAGCACAUGCUAGAGGCCAGACAGAGCUACAUGGACGAGAUGUCUGAUGCGACUGAUCGAAGGACUCUGACAAGGCAGGUGGUCAGGAUUGAGGCUGGAAAGAAGUGA